AUGGAACAAUUAAUUCAAUCACUAAGGAAAGAUUUUAAAGAAAAAGGAUUUGACAUUGUUGAACCAUUUAGGGUAAAUGAUUAUAAUGGUGCAGCAAUUCAUAAAUUAAAUAAUUUUGGAAUUGAAGAUUCAACAGGUAUAAUUAUUGGAUGUACAAAGAAUUUUUGGCCACAUUUUGAACAAUACAUAAAGAGAAUUAAUAAUGUUCCAAAAGAUCCAAUGAAUUGUUUUGUAAUUGAUACGAUUGAAGGAGUAGUUGAAAAUAACCAAUUUAUUAAACCUUAUGAAUUUGAAAUUCGUUAUGAUUUCAAUUCACCAUCUAGUGGUAAAUACGUACACAUUCAAACAUGUGGUCAUUUCGCAGGUGUCGCCUCUUAUGAUAAAGAUGUAAUGUGGAGUAUUCACCCUACCUAUGGUCUAUGGUUUGUAUUUAGAAGUUGUAUUAUCAUCAAAAUCAACUACCAAGGUGACUCUCCAAAUUUACCACCAACUAAUUUAUUAACUCAAUUUGAAAAAGACGAAAUGAAACGUUUCACUCAAAUUGCAAUAGAUGAAGGUUGGAUCAACCUUGAAACUAGAUUAAAAAUUAGAGAUGCUUGUCCAAUCGGUAGAGAGUUUCGUUAUGAAGGUAACAUGUUUGAUUAUUUUUAUCCUUUAAAAAGAUCUUCAAAAUCAGUUUUAGAAUCUUUAAUUUUAAUUGAAAAUAAUGAUAAUAAUAAAAAUAAUUUUGAAGAAAAAUAA